AAACAAAGAACAUGCUAAAAUUGAAUUGAUGAGAAGAGAAAACUUAUCCUCAAAACACAGCUCUCAUCGAAAAAUAAAAUAAUGGCGAUCAAAAUCUGGGCCAUUCCUUCGUUCACCUUUACUGCUGGGGUGCUAUCAUGGUCGAAGACAGACCUGCAACAAAUAGAUAGGAAAAUCAGAACUACCUUCACACAAUUCGGACUUCUUCAUCCUAACUCGGCCAUAGGUGACCAAAUUCGUCUCAGAAACGCGAUAAGAAAUGCAACGGGAAAAAAUGUUGUGAAUAGUUGCGGUGACGAGGAGGAAAUUCACUUGGAAGAGCCAUUACAUAAAAAACGAUUAGUCACUGAUGAAAAAGCUGAAUCAGGUUUUCUGUUGGAAGGAUGUUCUCAAAACGAACAACCAAAUAUUAUGUUUGAAGUGAUAAAUUUAUCAGAGGCGAGCACUUCAACUUUUUCUUCUUCAUCCUUUUCUACAACUUCAAGUUCCACAGAAUGUAAUCAUCAAAAGGGGCAUAUUACUCUUGAGAAUAUCAAAGAAGUUUUUUCAACUGACCUGUUAGGUCAAGCCUUAUUAGAAAAAUCCAAAAAAACUCCUUUGUCAAAUCAUGACAGGGACAAAAUAUGUGAUAUUCUAAUCACAUUUUGGCUCAAUAAGAGAAGGAAGAUUGAUCAUCUUGAUUUCAGUCUGAUAAGUAAUCAUUUGGUGUCUAUAUUCCCGAUUGAAAAGAAGUCGACAUAUUUUAUUUCUCCAAUAAAAAAGCAUAAAUCGAGAAAGAAAAAAUCUGAAAGGGCUAGAGGUAAAUUGAUAGAUAAAUAUCGAAAUAGAUCACAUACUCUGAAAGCACUGGAACUGAGUACACAUUCCUUAAACAAAAAUGAACAAGAAGAGACACCAGACAUACCACAAUCAGCCAGAGACAGCCAAAUUUGGCUGAAGCAAAAUGUAGCAGGAUCACCAAUGGGUGACCUGUUGGAACAUUGGAAAAGAUCUCUGCCUCUUCGAAGUGUGAAAAAUUGUGACACCAUAGAGAGCUUCUUAGAGACUUGGCCGAUAUUGAAAACUCAGCUGGCUUAUGAACUAAUUGAUUAUGACUUUCAACACAUGAAUAGCGAGAAAAUAAUUGACGUGCAGGAGCAGUUCAAUGAUCUCUUUACAAAAAUUUUUGAACUUAAAGGUUCCAUAUCGAAUUCUAAUGAUAGUUCCAUAUCAGCUCUUAUAGAUGGAGAAAUUACAACUAACUCUAAAAAUGCUAUUAAGUUGUAUCUUAUUCCUGCUUUGAUCCCUUCCAAAGGAAGUACAAGGAUUCAUGGAAAGAAGCACUGGAAGCCCUCCAUAUGCGAGACUAGAGAUUCAAUUUUUGUGCAUGUUACAACUCCAGCAGACAUUGAAGCAGUGAAACAAAGGAGAACAGCACUUAUGUUUCAGAAAGGACUCACUUUACAACCUUACAUAAUAUUGGUUGGACCUUCCCUGGGUAACAUAAUUUCAUCUCUAAUUAUCAUUAACAACUAUCACUAUAAAGCAGAUUCAGUGAUAGGGGCCCUUGAUUUCUGUUUCAAAUCCCAUCAAAUAUUAGAUGCCUCUUAUCCGUUUGAGUCACGACACAUAUGGUAUCUUUUCCAAUGGUUAUUAUAUGACUACAAAACCAAAAACGACCCAAAAAUACCUAUCUUGAACGAGUUUCUAUAGAUAAUGAAAAUUGUAGCAUCAUUUCACUGAGUGAAAAAUAUUUAUGUGGCUCUGAUUCCCUCAUAUGUAUUUGCAUUUUAUAAAACAUUUUGAAAAGUGCUUGUUUUACGUAUGUGUACCUUUAUUAUUUAUAGUUGAAUAAAUUUAUAUUUUGUGUACUGAAGAACGAUUCUUCCAUUUGUUUCAAUAUAACAUGGUUCCCAAAUCCAAGAUUCAAGCGGUCAGAAAGUCUGUAAUAUUUAUGGGGAAUGCAAUACCGAGAAUCCUUUGACUAAGUUUCACAAAUGUUAUUUAUUCAAUAGAAAAAGUUUUUGC